AUGUCCCCGUGUUUCACGGUCCACCGUAGCCUAUGCAGAGCCCCUCUUGCAAUCGGCUACCUCUACCUCUCUAUGCUUCUCUCCUCAUUCUUGAUAGCUCAUGCACAGGUGCUGCAAUCCUGUACAGCAGCCACAAAUUGUGGGGCAGGCCUUUACUGUGGAAACUGUCCUGCUUUGGGCAAGACUCAACCCUUUUGUACCAGAGGCCAAGCUAUCAUACCCAAUUCUAUUAUAAAUGGGUUGCCUUUUAAUAAGUAUACAUGGUUAGUUACUCAUAAUGCUUUUAGUAUUGUGGAUGCACCUUCUUUGCCUGGUGUUCAGAGGCUUACAUUUUAUAAUCAAGAAGACACUGUGACCAAUCAGUUGAGGAAUGGUGUGAGGGGGCUGAUGUUGGAUAUGUAUGAUUUCGAGAAUGAUAUCUGGCUUUGCCAUUCAUUUCGAGGGCAAUGUUUCAACUUCACAGCGUUUCAACCUGCAAUCAACACUUUGAGGGAAGUGGAAGCAUUCUUGAGUGAAAAUCCAGCUGAGAUUGUGACCAUUAUCAUUGAGGACUAUGUCCAUACUCCAAAAGGCUUGAUAAAUUUGUUCACUAAUGCUGGUUUGGAUAAGUAUUGGUUUCCUGUGUCUAAAAUGCCAAAAAAGGGAGAAGAUUGGCCCACUGUAACAGAGAUGGUGCAAGAAAAUCACCGGCUUGUGGUAUUCACUUCUGUCGCUUCAAAGGAAACAGAGGAAGGAAUUGCUUAUCAGUGGAAAUAUAUGUUGGAAAAUGAGGCUGGAGAUCCUGGGGUAAAACCAGGCUCAUGCCCUAAUAGAAAAGAAUCAAAGCCACUGAACUCCAAAAGCGCAUCACUUUUCUUAAUGAAUUACUUCCCGACAUAUCCAGUUGAAACUGAAGCUUGUAAAGAGCAUUCAACUCCACUUGCUCAGAUGGUUGGUACAUGCUAUAAAGCAGCUGGAAAUGUGAUGCCAAAUUUUCUGGCAGUCAACUUUUACAUGAGGAGUGAUGGUGGUGGUGUUUUUGAUGCAAUGGAUAGAAUGAAUGGCCAGACUUUGUGCGGUUGUAGUACUGUGACUGCUUGCCAGGCUGGAGCACCUUUUGGAUCUUGCAAGAAUGUUGCUGUACCUGUAACAAAUAAUGGGGGAAGUACGAGUCCGCUGUCAAAUACUGCAGGAAGCUUUACAGGAUCUGUUCAAUUUUCGAAAUCUGUAUCAACAAUCCAAUCUCCAAAUAGAUUGGUUUUCUACUUCUUUUCUAUUAGCAGCAUUUUUAUCUUAUUAUGGAUACAGUGA